GCCUCCCCUCCCGCCGCGGGAAGCGUCCUGUGCCCGCCCCGGGAAGCGCCGACCCGGAAGGCGUUUGGAGGUCGUUCUGGGCAAGAUGGCGGCGCCCGGGCGGUGAGCGGAGCGGGCGGCGGGAGUGGCGCUGCGGCCAUGAGCGCUGCUCGCCGCUGCAGCCCGCCCCGGGCCAUGGCAGGAUUAUUAUUCUGGCAUCUGAGGAACACUGGAGUACGGCAGCUACCAUGCCAGGUUGUGCAUCUGUGCCAUGCAGCCAAUGACAGGUUGAUUACAUUUCAGUACUUCAACUUUCUCAAACGAAUGUAUGUAACACAAUGCAACAGAGACCUCAGCCAACGAGCCAAACCCAAGUCAGAUUCAGUUGCCUCUCCUUUUCGUGAGCUUCAGCAACUGGAUCAAGAAAAAAAGGUUAUCCACAAGAUCAGACCAAUUUCACCUGUGUAUCAACCUUUGUCUGAGCCAUCAAGGAGAAAUGAGUCAAGAGAAAUGAAGCCAGCUGCAGGAGCUGAAGAGCUGGUGGCAGCAGUAAGAGCAGAAUCCAAAGAAGACAGACAGUGGAAAGAAAUGAAGCUGCGGCUGGAUGAUUUGCCGGGAAUUUUGGCACGCUUGUCCAAAAUUAAGCUCACAGCCCUGGUUGUCAGCACCGCAUCUGCUGGCUUUGCCAUGGCCCCAGUCCCUUUUGACCUGACCUGUUUCCUGCUUGCCUCCCUUGGAACUGGACUGGCAUCCUGUGCUGCCAACUCCAUCAAUCAGUUCUUUGAGGUUCCUUUCGACUCAAACAUGAACAGGACAAAAAACAGACCACUGGUGCGAGGACAGAUCAGCCCCCUGCUCGCCGUCUGCUUCGCAGCCUCCUGCGGAGUGCCGGGAAUUGCCCUGCUGACGCUGGCAGUAAACCCCCUGACCGGGGCCCUGGGGGCCUUCAACAUUUUCCUGUACACCUGCUGUUACACCCCCCUGAAGAGGAUCAGCAUUGCCAACACCUGGGUGGGUGCUGUUGUCGGGGCCAUCCCCCCCGUCAUGGGCUGGACCGCGGCUACUGGCAGUCUGGACGCUGGCGCCUUGCUGUUGGGAGGGAUCCUCUACUCCUGGCAGUUCCCUCACUUCAACGCCCUGAGCUGGGGGCUGCGGGAGGACUACUCGCGAGGAGGCUACUGCAUGAUGUCUGUCACCCACCCGGGGCUCUGCAGGAGAGUGGCUCUGCGCCACUGCCUGGCCUUGGUUGGACUGUCAACAGCAGCUCCUCUUCUCGAUGUCACCACCUGGACUUUCCCAGUCAUUUCCCUCCCUCUCAACCUCUACAUCUCCUACCUCGGCUUUCGCUUUUACAGGGACGCAGACCGCAGCAGCUCUAGGAAGCUCUUCUUCUGCAGCCUCUGGCACCUGCCGCUGCUGCUGCUCGUCAUGUUCACCUGCAAGAAGUCCCUCCUGGAGAAGGAGGACAAAGAGCUGCUGGGUGAAAGCCACGGGAGGGCCAUGGAAAUGCGAUUGCCUUAAAUGCCUGUUGCUUGUUGUCCUCCUGGCACGUCAGGUAGCUUAUUUUAGUCACGAUGAGGGGAAACCUGUGGGGCUCUGUCUGCAGAGGAAUCGCUUGUGCCUAGCGACCACUGCAUGCCAUCCUUUUCUCUGUCUUUCUCAAAGGGAGCAGAGGACGUGAGGGCUUGCAGCACUGGUGGGCUCACUCACUCAUCACAGAUCCAAACUUAGCCUAUGUCAGAAGCACAUCACUUAGAGAUGACCUUCCAAAGCCUCCCUGAGCCGUGGCCUCUGGCCUCGUGGGUAGGUUUCAGCUGGCCAGUCACACGCACACGCCCUGACCACCAGCCAUGGCUGAGCUGUCAGGCAGCGACAGAUGAAUGAUUUACACCCUUUGCCCCCCAAGCACCCCUUCCCAAAUUCAGCUUUGAGGCACAUGGUAGGUUGGGUGAACUCCACUUGUCUCCAUCCUUUCCACCCCUGCUCUGAUUCUACACAGAAGCCUUCUGUUUCUGAGGCUUUUGCCCCCAGCUGCUUUUCCCAAGGUUCCCACUCACCCCAGUAGAUUUUUUGUUUUCAUAUAGCAGUGACAGAGGAGUAAAAACCUCUCAGCACACCACACAUCAGCAUUCAAACAGCCUUUAGGUGAAGAGCUGUUCUGUAGCAUCCACCUUGAGCACUGAGACAUUCUUCUGUGCACCCAGCACAGGGAAUUUCUGGUGUCACUAGGGUCUGAGCCCCGUGUGUCACACCUGCAGCUGGUACCAACUGUCAUGGCUGUUUGAGUCAGCAAAGCUUUGAGAUGGUAGAGGAGGAGAUCUCAAAGUCAGGCAGUUUUGAGGCCUUUCUGAGCUCAUGUGUCUUGUGUCAGCCCAUUUGGUGUCCUCAGGUGAGCUCUGGACUUGCAUCAGGAGUUUGAACUCUAUUUACUGUCACACUGUGGUGGCUCAGAGAGAGAAGGCUUCACUUUGGGGGAUAGGAUUGGUUAAAACCCUCCACAUUUUACAGGCAGAAAGUUGGGGGUUUCAUCUGAUAUAUUAAUCUUCAAAUUGCUGAUGCAUCCAGUGAGUCUCCAAAGCCAUUCUUGUGGCCAGUCUCACUAGAACACAUUGUCUUUGUUAACUGGUAGGCUGAAGGACAUUUCUAGCCACAGCCUAACCUUCUCUUGAUCCCCCUGAGGGGCUGUGGCUCACCCUCAGCCUCACCUGGGGCUGGCUGUGACCUGCUGGGCUGCUGGCAAGCACAGCAGCACCUGGGGCAGGCAGAGGCUGUGCUGUAGUUUAUUGUGGUAGUUAGUGCCUGUUAUGACUUGAUGUAUUUCCACGCCAAGAUUUCUCUCCUGUGUGGAGAAGCACUGGGCAGCAGGGCUGUGCAGCGACCCGAAGACACAGCAGCACCUGGAAUGGGAGACACUCUUUUGAAUCUGAUCCCAAAGACAGCCCUUUGGGAAGCACCACAAAUCUGCCACCACGUGUGCAUCACACUGACAUCAAACCUUCACUGGCUGCUUUCAUGAUACAAGCCCUGCUUCUGGUCUGGUGACAGCGGUGUAAAUCAGCAGUGCCACGGUUAACCUCUGUCCUGCUGGAGGAGGUGCUGGCAGGAGCAGAGCCACCUGUUGUACGUGGCUCUGAAAUACUCGGUUGCAAGGUUUUCAAACUCUCUCAAGUGCUUGCAGAUGACAGGGGUAAGUUCCCUCUCCCUGUUUGUCUGACAGAAUCCACUGGACUCGAGUUACUGUCUGGAAAUUGUGCUGCUCCUGAGUUUGGUUUAAAAAUGGGUUCAGCCUCCUCUGCAAUAAAAGGUGUAUGGAACGAAAAAA